AUGGAAGCCUAUGAUAUUCUAUCUCAGAUUAUUGGUAAUCUUCCGGUAAAAUUUUUGUUACGCUUUAAAUCUGUUUCUAAGUCAUGGAAUACUAUAAUAUCGGAAAGUCAGUUCGCGAAAACUGACCUUGAUCUAUCCAAAAUAGCAUCCGAAAUAGUUUGGCGUCCCAAAAAGAAGCUCAUAUUGUUACACAAGAAUGACGGUGUAUUCGAGUUUAGAAAUUUGGAAAAUCCUCGAAUUGCAAUGGGAGAACAAGUCUUUCCUCUAAAGAGAUUUCGAAAUCCUAGUGCCUUGUGCUUGUGUCAUUGUUUGGUAUUAAUGAAGACACCAAUUGAUGAUAUCGAAUAUGCUUUGUGGAAUCCUUGUACCAAUGAAUAUCGAACUUUCAUAUGUCCAUAUCCGAAUGGGAUGACUCCACUUGGUUGUGGAUUGUGUUAUGAUUCUCGUAGCAGUGAACACAAGGUUAUAUUGAUCUUUACAUCUUUUUACGUCGUCUAUUAUGUAAAGAGGAAUUACUGGAUGAAUAAGAAACCAAUUGUUGUUAGCCGAGAAAUAGCACUCGAUGAAAGGUCACAGGAGUGGAGUCCAGGGAUUACGGUUAAUGGUGUUGUAGGUUGUGUUGGUUUAUAUAGUGGCAGCAGCGGGUUCUUUGGUGUCAUCUCAUAUGAAUUGCUCAUUUGGAUCAUGAAUCAAGGAAGUUGGAAUCCGGUAAUGGAAAUUAAUUGUGAGACUGCAGACUUUGGCUAUCGAUUUGCAAGGGAUGUUAUACUUUUGGGCUGCAUAAGAAAUGGUGAAAUUGUCUUUCGAGCAGGAGGGAAGCUUGUCAUCUAUGAUCCUAAACGAU